AUGCCCGAUAUGCUCAUCCCCCCAAUCGCGAAUGAUCCGUCCAAGGUCCAACUUUCGCGUAUAAGUCACGUCUAUUUUGAGCACCCAGACCUGAACAAAUUUAGAGAAUUCGCAAAGGACUUUGGAUUCAUCGAAGUGGAAGCUGCUAAGGAUCGUAUCUAUUUUCGUGGGUAUGGGAGAGACCCGUACGUUUACGUGGCUACCAGAAGCAAAGAUGGCAAGCCUCGGUUUCUUGGACCGGCGUUUGUUGCGGCGUCAGAAGAGGAAUUCAACAAGGCGAGCAGGCUUGAGGGAGCAAAAAUUGCUGACUUGAAAGAUGCCCCUGGUGGUGGCAAAAUGGUUACAUUUAGUCGCCCGGAUGAUACGUUCUUUCAUGUGGCGUAUGGACAGGAAGAGAGAGUCACGUCAGAAGAAGAGCCGACGGCGACCCAUGAGCAACAAGGGGCAUUCAACAAACCCUUUGACAAGCCGAGACUAGGGAAAUUUCAACGUUAUCACCCAGGCCCAGCACUCGUACACAAGUUGGGUCAUUUCGGCUACGUUGUGCCCGACUUCGACGCCGAACUCAAAUGGUAUACGUCAAACUUCAACUUUGUGCCCUCCGACAUUCUCUAUCACUGGGACUUUUCCAACAUUGACGUAUUAACAUUUAUGCACCUCGAUCUCGGUGAAGAGUACUCAGACCAUCACUGCUUCUUCAUGCAAAGGGCAGAGCCGCACGUAAAAAAGACAUUUGUUCACCAUACGUCAUAUGAAGUAGCCGAUUUUGAUACCCAAUUGCUAGGGCACGACUGGUUAGCCAAGAAGGGUUGGAAAAGUGUAUGGGGCGUCGGCCGACAUGUGCUUGGUAGUCAAAUCUUUGACUAUUGGGGCGAUUCGAGCGGUUUCAAGAUUGAGCACUACACUGAUGGUGAUGUUGUGAAUACGCAUACGCCGACGAAGAGAGAUGUUGUUGGGCCGUUUUCAGUUUGGGGACCAGAAGUGCCGAAGGAUUUUGGGGGUAAGGGCGUUUGA